AGUUAACCUUCCACGGCUCCAAAAUGAGAAUCCACAGCUAUAGCUCGACGAAACAACGUCGCUGCUACAAGCAACGCACCAAAAACGAUCACAAGAAACGGGAAACAUAUUUUUCUCCCCUCAAUCUGGGGAGUAGAAUCAAUUGCAAGCAGCAGUUACAAAUUAGAGCAGCGAGAAGGAAAGAGCUAGAGAUACAGAGUUGUAGCAAAGGCAAGUGAAAACCCCACCAUCUUAACAAAGUAGUAUUCCAGCCAACCAGUGAGAGAGGGAUGGAAGACACUCCAGAGCUAUCUCUUCUGUAAAAAGAGAGGUGGGAAGAGAGUGAAAGGCUUUCGAACAUUUUGAGUUCAUUUUUUUGGUAGGCGUUAGGAAAAGAGAGCAAUGGGUGGAAGACUGGAGAGCUGCGUGUGGUGGAUAGGAAUGUUGCUCCUUUGCUUGAACCUGGCCUUGGAAAGUGAGGUGGUCUUAGCAAACAGGCCCCUCGCAUCCUCAGCUCAUGAGAUGGGAAGUAGUAGCAUCAGCACCAACCACAACAAGAUCAUGGAGAAGGACUACAAAUAUAUACUCAGCAACAUCUUUCAUUCCCUGUUCGACAAUGGCGACUCUUCUUACACCCAUGUUUGGCCAGACAUGGAGUUCGGUUGGAGAGUCGUGUUGGGUUCGAUCAUCGGGUUCCUAGGUGCUGCUCUGGGCAGUAUUGGAGGUGUUGGUGGAGGUGGGAUUUUUGUUCCCAUGCUUACCUUGAUCAUUGGCUUCGACCCAAAGACAUCUACAGCUGUCUCCAAGUGUAUGAUUAUGGGUGCAGCAGGAUCCACAGUGUACUAUAACUUGAGGCUACGCCACCCGACAUUGGACUUGCCGAUCAUUGAUUAUGACCUUGCUUUGCUGUUUCAGCCCAUGCUUAUGUUGGGUAUCAGCAUUGGAGUCGCUUUUAACGUCAUUUUUCCUGAUUGGAUGGUCACUGUUCUCCUCAUUAUCCUCUUCCUAGGUACAUCAACAAAGGCACUUUUCAAAGGUAUAGAAACAUGGAAAAAAGAAUCCAUACUGAAAAAGGAAGCUGCCAAACUGCUCACUUCUCAAUCAAAUGAGAGUCCAAAAUUGGAAUACAAACCACUCCCAGGUGCUCCUGCUGCCAAUGCACAGGUCACGUUGUCACCAGAUGAUGAGGUUCCAAUCAAAGAAAAUAUCUAUUGGAAAGAGUUUAUGCUGCUGUUAUUUGUGUGGGUGGCAUUCCUUGCGGUGCAGAUAGUUAAGACAUAUGCCACAACCUGCUCGAUAGAAUACUGGAUUCUAAAUGUUUUACAGGUGCCAAUUGCUCUUUCUGUCACACUUUAUGAAGCCAUCAACCUCUGCAAAGGAACGAGGACAAUUGCCUCUAGGGGGAAGCAAGAUAUGAGAUGGAAAAUGCAUCAGCUGCUCCUCUACUGUUUCUGUGGGGUGUUAGCAGGGAUAGUUGGAGGACUGCUUGGACUAGGAGGGGGGUUCAUCCUGGGACCAUUGUUUCUUGAAAUGGGAGUUCCUCCUCAGGUCGCAAGUGCAACAUCAACAUUUGCAAUGACAUUUUCAUCAUCGAUGUCCGUCAUACAAUAUUAUCUUCUUGAUCGCUUCCCUGUCCCAUACGCUGCUUACUUUGUUUUUCUGGCAACCGUGGCUGCCUUCACUGGUCAGCACAUUGUUAGAAGGUUGAUAGUACUCCUAGGCCGAGCAUCGCUGAUCAUCUUCAUUCUGGCUUUGACCAUCUUUGUGAGCGCAAUUAGUUUAGGUGGUGUUGGUAUUGCACACAUGGUCGAGAAGCUGGAAAGAAAAGAGCAUAUGGGUUUCGAGAACCUGUGCUACCACUCCAAAUCACUUCAGUUCAAAGUCUUUUAAAGUUUAAAAGAUGUAAUAGUGAUAUUUAUGUCUUUCUUUUUCCCACAGCUAGGUAUUUGUCUACUUGAAUCUGAGUCUGUCGGUAAGAUGGUAAAAUCUUUGUUCUUGUAACCAUGGCAGCUGAAACUUGGCAUCCUUUCUUCCAUAUACAAAAGUAGAUGCUUAAUCUGUGCA